AUGGAACCAAAAGCUUUAGAAAUAUGUUCUUAUGACCUAAACAAUGGGCUACAAACCAGCAGGUUACAAUAUCAUCUGGCCUCAUGUAGAAAGAAAAAUCCAAAUGUAACUAGAAAGAUGGCUAAUGGCAAAUAUAAUGCUUGUCAUGUUGUCCUAAUCAAAAGGCUCAAGGAACAUGAAGCUAACUGUGUCAAUAGAAUUGCCAAUGGUGAACGUGAGCAAGGGUGA